AUGGACACCCUCGAGGAGCUCUACCUCGAUGCCAACCAGAUCGAGGAGCUGCCCAAGACUAUGGACACCCUCAAGGAGCUCUACCUCGAUGCCAACCAGAUCGAGGAGCUGCCCAAGACUAUGGACACCCUCGAGGAGCUCUACCUCGAUGCCAACCAGAUCGAGGAGCUGCCCAAGCAACUGUUCAACUGCCAGGCGCUGCGGAAGCUGAGCAUCCCCGACAACGACYUGUCCAGCCUCCCGACCUCCAUCGCCAGCCUGGUCAACCUCCGCGAGCUCGACAUCAGCAAGAACGAUUCAGCCCCACAAGGAUAUUGGAUUAUUGCACUGAUUGUUUUCUCUCCUCUUUCCAGACUCGUCAAAUUGCGAAUUUUGGAGUUGAGGGAAAACCACUUGAAAACUCUACCAAAGUCAAUGCACAAACUGACGCAGCUGGAGAGGCUCGACYUGGGCAAUAACGAGUUCUCCGAGCUGCCUGAGGUUCUYGAACAAAUCCAGAACCUAAAGGAGCUGUGGAUGGACAAUAAUUCCUUGCAAGUGCUACCUGGGUCUAUAGGGAAGCUAAAGCAGCUGGUGUACCUGGAUGUGUCCAAAAACAGGAUCGAGACSGUGGAUUUGGACAUCUCGGGCUGCGAGGGGCUGGAGGAUCUGCUGCUYUCCUCCAACAUGCUGCAGCAGCUGCCUGAUUCCAUAGAACCCAACUAUUGUAUUUCCAUCAGGAAAAUCCUAGAAAUGGUUCAGUUGAGUUUGUCCCUGCUGGAGGAGUUUGACUGCAGCUGCAACGAGCUGGAGUCGCUGCCCUCCACCAUCGGGUACCUGCACAACCUGCGCACUUUGGCYGUGGACGAGAACUUCCUGCCCGAGCUGCCCCGCGAGGUGAGGCCAUUCCGGGGNGUGACAGUGAUGUCCCUGCGCUCCAACAAACUGGAAUUCCUCCCGGAUGAGAUCGGCCAAAUGCAGAAACUGAGGGUGUUAAAUCUGAGUGACAACAGGCUGAAGAAUUUGCCCUUCACUUUCACCAAACUCAAGGAGUUGGCAGCCCUGUGGCUUUCUGACAACCAGGUAAUUCCUCAAGAAAUUCCCGUUUUCCUCAGGGAAGGGGUUAUUUUUUUGGGAUUAUUCCCAUCUCCCUUUCCCAUCCCUGCAGAUUUCCAGUCRGACAGCGACAGCUUUAACCCCACUCUGUGGGAGGAGCAGCGGCAGCAGCGCAUGACCGUGGCCUUCGA